AUGGCCACCACCAAGAUGUGCAAGCGGCCGAGCGCUGCCUGGCUGUUCCUCUUCGUCGCGGAGCUGGGAUGGACAUGGGCAGUGAUCCCCUCUUCUUCCCCCGUGGGCCUCUCUGCCCGGCGCUACGACUCCAUCUUCAGCUUCGGCGACUCCUUCUCCGACACCGGCAACAACCCCGUCGUGUUCGCCGCCAGCUCCGUCUUCGACCCCGUCACGCGCCCGCCCUACGGCUCCACCUACUUCGGCCGCCCCACCGGCCGCAACUCCGACGGCCGCCUCAUCAUCGACUUCAUCGCUCAACGCCUCGGCCUGCCGCUCGUCCCGCCGUCCCUGGCGCACAACGGGAGCUUCCGCCGAGGCGCCAACUUCGCCGUCGGGAGUGCCACCGCUCUCGACGCCGCUUUCUUCCACGGUGGCAAGUUCCCUCUUAACGUCAGCUUGGGCGUACAGCUGCCGUGGUUCGAGUCGCUCAAGCCUUCUCUCUGCCGCACAACCAAAGAGUGCAAGGCCUUCUUCGGCAGAUCCCUCUUCUUUGUGGGCGAAUUCGGGGUCAACGACUACGACUUCUGUUUCCUCACCAAGAGCGUGCAAGAGAUCAUGCCGCUCGUUCCAGAUGUCAUCAGGACCAUCUCAACGGCCAUCUCAGACCGAUGUGUGCCACUGGUACAUGUCGAUGAUGACAAUGAGCACGACGAUAUAGAUGAAAUUUAUGUUGAAAGCGUGAGCCAGGUAGACGUCGAUAGUGACAAUAAGCAGAACGACGCUGAUGAAUCUUAUGUUGAGAGCGCAAGCCAAGGGGGGAUGCCGGUGGUCCUAACAGGCACAAUGACCAUGACGAUGAUGUUGAGUUCGAAUUGGACAUUGGGUAUGAUGAAUAUCAGCAAGACUCCCGGGAUAAGCAUUGGAAGUUUUGUCGAUGAUCAUAGCCAUGUUCUUGCUAGAACGGACAAAGUCUCAUUUGUUCGGUCUCAUAAACAGAUCAAGGAAUUCCAGAUAGCAGAGAUCUUAGCCAUGGCAGGAGCUGGGAUCAGACAACACAUAAUUGUGGACAACUUCAUCAGCGGGUAUGGCUCGUACGCUAAGGCGGGGUUUGAGAGGAAGGACCUGUAUAAUCUGUGCUAUAGGGAGAAGAUGAAACUGCUUGCAAAGGGCGAUGUUGACAUUGCCGUUGGAAUCAUGAUAAGAAGGAAGGACAAGAAUCGAGAUUUUUUUUUCUUUGAGUACAUUGUUGAUGCUGGAGGGAGGCUCAAAAACAUGUUCUGGUGUGAUUCGUAA